AUGUCGAAAACUGCUGUUGAUGCUAAGCGAUCGCUGGAGGAGGAAUCUGAGAACUUCUCCGAAGCAAAAAGGGCCAGAAAUGAAGAUUCACGCAAAAAAUUAACUGGUGACGGCUUGCGCGAGCGGGAUGUUGGCAUUGUAAGGUUUCUGAGCGAUGAAAUACCUGGGUUCAGUGGCCAAAUUAAACAAAGAUAUACUGACUUUCUGGUACAUGAGAUAAACGAGCAGGGUGAAGUAAUUCAUCUAAAAGAUAAGGGUUUCAAAAUGCCUAAGAAGGAGCGUGCAUCGGCGGAGGAAAACAAAGUUCAGCAGGAAAUUGAAUCGAAAAGACGGCUGGAUUUUACCGUUGACCCUGAAUUGAGGCAGCAGUUAGUUGAUCUGUUGGGUGAAGAAGACGUGAAGAAGAUUGAGGAAGUUUAUCGUACAGCUCAAAAGAUGGAAACGUCUAGAUCGUUUGAUGAGAAAAAUACUAGAACUAGCAUUCACCAGCUACUUCGUGAGGCGUUUGAUAAUGAACUGGAAUCUGUGACCACGGAAGAGAACACCUUCAAAAUUGCCAGAAGCGGCAGACACUCAAGAGUAAACAGACAGACCUUGGUUGAGCGAAGCAAAGAUGCUAAUGGUGUGGAAAAUUGGGGCUACGGCCCAACUAAGAAUUUUCUUCAUUUCACGCUGUACAAGGAAAACAAAGACACCAUGGAUGCUGUCAAUCUAUUGACUAAGUUCUUGCGAGUUCCGUCGCGGGUGGUGAGGUUUGCCGGCACUAAAGAUCGCAGAGGCGUGACUUGUCAAAGGCUCUCGAUAUCCCAUAUUGGCGUAGAUAGAUUGAAUGCUUUGAACAAAACACUCAAGGGCAUGGUAUUGGGUGGCUUUAAAUUCGAGGAUACAAGCCUAAACCUCGGGGACCUAAAAGGAAACGAGUUUGUCAUUGUUAUAAGAGACGCCAAAUUGACUGGAGAGUCUCAGGACACACUCGAACAAAUAGUCGAAAGAGGUUGCGAAUCUUUGACCGAAAAAGGAUUUGUAAAUUAUUUUGGCAUGCAAAGGUUCGGUACCUUCAGUAUUUCUACGCAUACUAUUGGGAAAGAAUUACUAUCGGGCCAUUGGGAAACUGCCGUUGAGUUAAUUCUAUCUGAUCAGGACAACGUUCUGCCGAAAUCGAGGGAGGCACGACAGAUAUGGGCUGAAACGAAAGAUCCGACACAGGCGCUUAAAAAAAUGCCAAGGCAAUGUAUCGCUGAGAACGCAAUACUUCACUCUCUCACUAUGCAGAAGAAAUCAGAGGAUGGAUUCUCUUCUAAUGCUUAUUAUACAGCUGUCAUGAAAAUACCAAGAAAUUUGAGAACGAUGUAUGUGCAUGCCUAUCAAAGUUAUGUGUGGAACACUGUGGCAAGCAAGAGAAUCGAGCUCUACGGUUUACAAGUCACAGAGGGAGACCUGGUCAUCACUGAAGAGCUACCAAGCUUGAAUAAUCAGGAUGACGAUUUUGACGAGGAUUUACGUGAUGCUAAAUUUGUCCGCGCAAGACCAUUGACUGAAGAGGAUGUUAAAUCAGGAAAUUUCAGCAUAGCAGAUGUAGUUCUGCCGACACCUGGUUUUGAUGUUGUAUACCCCGCCAAUAAAGCGCUAUCUGACUAUUAUGUUGAAGUCAUGGCCCGAGAUGAGAUGAAUCCGUUUGAUAUGAAAAGGAAAGUUCGAGAUUUCUCUCUUGCAGGUUCCUAUAGACAUUUAGUUCAAAAACCGACGGAUUUGGAGUAUAAAAUUGUCAAGUAUUCUGAGGAUACCCAGCAGCUUCUCAACACAGAUUUGGAGAUUCUCAAUAACCAGAAAGGAAAAGAAAACGGUCAGAAGUUUAUGAAAGAUAAAUUGGAUAGAUUUGUUCCAGAGAAAGGUGGCAGCAAAAAUGCUGUUAUCUUGAAAUUUCAGCUCGGUGUUUCCGCAUAUGCCACCAUGGCGUUGCGUGAACUCAUGAAAUUGGAGUCUUCCCGUAGGGGAGAUAUGUGCGAUGUUAAAGUUUAG